AGACUUCAAGCAACGAAAUUUAUCUCAUCCCCUUGGACACACGCAACAAAACAACAACAAUGGAGGCGCAAAUCGAGGAGUGGCAGCAACGUGCCGAGGCCCUGAAGCCUCUUAACCUUAAGCAGCUCGAAGGCCCUCUAGCCGAACUGGACGCCCAUCUUACCUUGCGCACACACAUCGUGGGAUACACCAUCACCGAUGCUGAUACCACUGUCUGGAGGACCUUGCGCGAGAACCGCGUGGCACAUGCCUACAUUAAGCAGAACUUGAUGACGAAUCUGUGCCGGUGGUUCAGGUACAUUGAAGAGGCAUAUCCCCAACAAGCUGCGCUCCCAGAGCGACCGGCGAAGUCCAAGGACGACAAAGGCAAGGAGAAGAAGAAUGACGAGGGUGCCAAUUACGACAUUGGCUUGCAAGAUGUUGGUGAUGGGACUGGGAUCGUGACUAGGUUCCCUCCGGAGCCCUCAGGAUAUCUCCAUGUCGGACACGCCAAAGCUGCGCUGCUCAACGACUACUUCGCACACGAGAAGUACAAGGGCACCCUCAUCCUCCGAUUCGACGAUACGAACCCUAUCAAGGAGAAGCAGGAGUUCCAGGAUGCUAUUGUAGAGGAUCUGGCACUCAUGGGCAUCAAGCCGGAUAAGGUCACCUACACGAGCGACUACUUCCAACAGCUUUACGAGUACUGCGUUCAGAUGAUCAAGGAGGGAAAUGCUUACGCUGAUGAUACCUUGCAAGAGAAGAUGAGGGAGGAGCGCAUGAACGGUAUUCCUAGCGAGCGUCGCGACUCUAGUGUUGAGGAUAACCUGGCGCGCUUUGAAGAGAUGAAGAAAGGGACAGAGGAGGGCAUCCGAUGGUGUAUAAGGGCCAAAAUCUCGGUAGACGACCCGAACAAGGCCAUGCGUGAUCCCGUCAUUUACCGUUGCAGCCCGGAGGUGCACCAUCGCACUGGUGACAAGUGGAAGAUCUACCCGACAUAUGAUUUCUGCUGCCCUAUUGUUGACUCCUACGAAGGCGUUACCCACGCUCUGCGUACGACCGAGUACAAUGAUCGCGACGCCCAAUACCAGUGGAUUCUGAAGGCUUUGAAGCUUCGUCACGUCUACAACUGGGGUUUCUCUCGCCUCAACUUUGUAAGAACGCUUCUUUCUAAGCGCAAGCUCACUAAGAUCGUGGACACUGGGUUUGUUGAUGGUUGGGAUGAUCCGCGUAUGCCAACCGUCCGCGGCGUCCGCCGUAGGGGUGUCACCAUUCCCGCUCUUCGCGAGUUCAUCCUCAAGCAAGGCCCCUCCAAGAACAUCGUGAACCUGGACUGGUACAGUUUCUGGGCAACCAACAAGAAACACAUCGAUCCUAUUGCUGGGCGCUACACGGCUAUUGCCGACGCUGCCAAGGUUCCUGUCAAGGUUGUUGGAGCUCGUGAGGGCGUCACGACCGAGGAGAAAGACAAGCACGCGAAGUUUGACCUAGGCAAGAAGAAGGUGGUCUACAGCUCGUCCAUCCUGCUCGAGCAAGCCGACGCCGCGUCUUUUGCUCAGGAUGAGGAAAUCACCCUUAUGAACUGGGGCAAUGCCUUUGUGCGCAAGAUCUCGCACUCCAGCGACCCUGCCGCCUCGCCGGGCCAGAAAACCGUUACUGGUCUCGAGCUCGAACUCCACCUGCAAGGCGAUGUUAAGAAGACCUCCAAGAAGGUGACCUGGCUGUCCACCGACCAGAAUCUGGUUCCUGUCCAGCUGCACGAGUUUGAUUACCUCAUCACGAAGGAUAAGCUCGAGGAGGGGGAUGAGCUGGAGAAGUUCCUUAACCCAAAUACGCGCACAAUCACGCACGCACUCGCGGACUGCAAUGUAGCUGAGCUGAGGGAGGAUGAUAUUAUUCAGUUUGACAGGAAGGGAUAUUUCAGGAUUGACAAGGGCUUCAAGCCUGGUGAGGAUGUGGUGGCUUUCCUGAUCCCCACGGGCAAGAGCAAGUAAGCGAUGUGUUGCUAUAUGCAGUAUACGACAUAUAGAAAAGGGAAUGCUAAGGAUAAUGCCCAAAUUCUUCAACCGAACUGUUUCCCAAGGUUAUCGCUGUACACAGGCAAUACCAGUCGAACACCUUGAAGCUUAUACAAAACAUUCAAUACCAAC